AUGUCCUAUUAUUUCAUUGAAGAGCUAAAACGUGCCCAGACAUGUAAUCCCUCUUGCACAGCCAGCCAGUAUUGUACUUUCUACUCAGGAGGGGACAGUAGUACUCCACAGACUAUAGCUGUAUGUGCUGACUGUGACAAUGCAUGUGCCCAGGGAUGUUCAGCUGCUGGAGCUGGGUCAUGUGACCAGUGUAAAACAGUUGGUUACUAUAACGACUCAGGAACAUGCAGAGAUUGUAACAAAGCUUGUACAACUUGUGAUGGACCAGGUGUAACCCAGUGCAGUAGAUGUGAGAUAGGCUACCUACUUAUUAGGACGGUCUGUCUAGAGUGUAAUGAGGGAACAUUUGGUGAAAACUGUACUGGGGUUUGUCAUUGUCUUCCGAACACUGGGGGCUGUUCCAAUGUAGAUGGGUCCUGCAGUUCUUUUCAGUGUGAAUGGGGAUACAAGGACCCACCACUUUGUCAAACAGAAUGUGUGGAUCAGUUUGGAAAGAACUGUAUAUAUGAUUGUCAUUGUCGAACCAAUGCACAAUGUAGCAAGAUAAAUGGCCACUGUUCCGAUGGUCUUUGUGAAGAGGGGUAUGCGGGCCCCGGCUGUCAGACAGAGUUGCCUCGACUUCGGCUCCCUCCAGCCAUCACUGGGAAUGAAUGUGGUAAUGUUACUGUGACAUGGCAGGCAUGGGAUGGGAGGGUGGACAAUGGACAGGGUCCCAUCUACAGCUAUCAAGUAUGGGCCAAGAGUGACAAUGUGUCGGACAAUGAGUGGUUCAAGAUGCAGGAAAUACCCAACGAUGACACAACCACCUAUGUUCAACACUUCACGGGACUUGACGCCAAUUCCAUGUACAAAUUUCGUGUGGAUGUUAUUCCUAAAGAUGGGACAAAACCUCUUAAUGAAAAAAUCUCUGGAUUUGAAACUGUUUACUUUUCAGUAAAAUGUAUUGUUCUUACAACUACCACAGUUAAACCAAUGAUAACAACAAUUGAACCUUUACCAGAGAAAAUACUCAACAGUUUUGGUGUGAUGGUAAACACAACUGAUCUGUCCUUGUAUGUCAACUGGACGCUAGAGGACGACCUGAGUGUAUCCCUAGACAACCUUACGUUGCUUUAUCGUGUGUCCAGAGUUCGCAGCUGUGGUGCAGAUGACCUUAACUUAGACUUUCAAGCAAUUUCCUUAUUGAACAAUACAGGCCUAAGAAUUUCGGAUCUGUUGCCAUGGAGAAAAUAUGAGUAUAAAGUUUUUGUUUCAAUUUCCCAUGGGAAUUUGUCAAACUCAAGGAUGGAACAAGCAGGAGAAUUCAACACACCUGCUACAGCUCCAACAGGUCGUGUGAUAGAUUUGCGUGUGACUUCAUCCUCAGCUACUUCAGGUUCCUUAGCCUGGAGUGAACCAGAAUGCUUGAAAAGGAAUGGAGAAUUCAAGAAUUAUGAAAUUUUGGUGAAGAAUUUAAACAUUUCUGCAGCUACUGCAACAACAUAUACAACUGUGCUGGAAAAUUUUGACCUGUUAAAUUUGUCCCCAUUUACUGUUUAUAAUGUCAGUGUCCACUAUGUAAAUGAUGAAGGUGUGGGACCACUUGACUCACUAUUUCUGACUACACAAGAGGCCGCCCCGUCAGCACCUGAAAUCACCAAUUUGACCUCUGGAACAUCCUACAUUAUCUUGACCUAUGACCCCCCGGUGACCAAAAAUGGGGUUAUUAGGGAGUAUAUGGUGUCCUACGAUAAACGUGCUACAUUUGAGGAUAAGAUAAGAGAGUCUGCUCAGCAGGCUACAAGUACCAACAUCACUGGACUGGACCCUGCCACCUCCUACUACUUCAAGGUACAGGCUCGAACAAGUGACAAUCUUUGGGGAGACUACAGCACCAUACGCAAUAAAACCACACUUCCUGAUAAACCCUCAGCCUUGGGUCAUCUUGCAAUCAAUGAUAAGAAUGUUUCCUGUCUAGAGGUGACUUGGAGUCCACCAAAUACUCCCAAUGGGAAGAUAACUCAGUACAAGGUAAAGUACCGAGAGGAGAAGAAUGAUACUUUUUCUCCUGAAAGGAUUUUAAAUGCUCCAGUAUCCUCCUACCUUUUGUGUGACCUUCAUCCAGGUACACCCUACAUGGUGGAAGUUUCUGCUGCAACUGCUGCAGGAUUUGGCAUUUCUACUUCUGUCUUCGAGACAACUGUGAUUGGCCAGCCUCCCCUGCCUACAGCUCCGUUUGUUGUCAAUACUACCAAUACCCAGAUCACCGUCAUUCUCAACCAAGUGGUCAUCAACACUGGGCCCCUCACAGAGUACCGUUUGUAUGUGCAGGAUCUCACAAGUAAAGUUAAAGCCCCUGGUUAUUUGGUGGUCCGCUUUCCAGCAGCUGAAAUCACGUCCCCAAGAGUGUUCGUUGUUGGUGAUGGAGUACCAGCGACUAACAAGCCAUUGAUUAAAGAUCACAUGUAUGUAAUAUCUCUGGAGAUUGUCAGCACCUUAGAUGAAGUUACAAAGACCAGUAUUAACAGUGCAAAGCCCAUUCAAACAAAAGUGAGCCAACCUGUCACAGUGGUCAGUACACCCAAUACAAGCAAUACACCUGUUAUAGUGGCAGUUGUUGUCAUCAUCUUGUUACUACUCAUAGCUGCAAUUGUGGUUGGUUUGAUAUUCUGGUACAAGCGCCGUCAGAGUAGGUAUGUUUACCGCCAACAAAAUGACGAAAAAGAACCAUACGAUUUUAUUCCAAUGCCUGACCAAGAAUACUAUGAUCCCAUGACAUACUGGAACACUAUCUACUCCAACCGAGAAAGUCGCUACAUCACAGCUGGACUGGAACUUCUUCCAGGUGAAAAUGAGAUCUUGUCUAAUGAAACAACAGCUUGUCCCAAUGGCGGACCUCCAGUCUCCUUCAGUCAGGAGUUUCAUGACCUUCCACAUGGGCAGUUGUCUUCAUGGAAUGCAGCCAUCAUGAGGAAAAAUGAAAACAAAAAUAGAUUUCCACAUCUCCUUCCAUACGAUCACUCAAGGGUUGUAUUGAAUGCAGAUGAAAACUCAAAUGGAGAUUUUAUCAAUGCAAAUUACAUGCAUGGUUACAAGAAAUCUGAGGAGUAUAUCGCUGCACAGAGUCCAUUCAGUGAUGAGACGGUGCUUGAUUUCUGGAGGAUGAUCUAUCAGAAGAACAUCAAAAUUGUAGUUAUGAUAACAAACACCGUGGAAGACAGCAUUGUUAAGUGUACACAAUACUGGCCAGAUACAACACAAGGACAUUAUGGAUCAUUUGUUCUCGAGAUAAUUGAAACGCGAGAAUUUGCAGACUAUGUCAUCAGGACAAUAAAAAUUACAACACGCCACAGCUCAUCUCAUAGAUUCAUCUAUCUGUUUGAGUUCUGCUCCUGGCCAGAUCACGGUGUACCAAGUGAUCCUAUUCCAUUGCUGGAUAUGAGGAACAAGGUAAGGGAUUACCGUGGGAAUGAUAGAAGUCCACUUCUUGUUCACUGUGGGACUGGAGUCAGUAGAACCGGUAGCUAUAUAGCCAUAGACGCCUUGCUGGAGCAAUACGAGGCAGAGGGCAGGAUUAGUGUUUUCUCCUUUAUAAGAAAACUGCGCAAGGACAGGGUGGCUAUGGUGAGGACACUUAAACAGUAUGUGUUCAUAUAUGAUGCUAUAUUUGAGGAAAGGUUGGCAGGAAAUACACGGGUUGGACCAGACUUGAAGUCAAGGUACCAUGAACUAACACGCAAAAAUCCAAAAACGAAACAUUCUUUUUUGAAAGACCAGUUCAUUUGUUUGCAAAGAUAUACAAGGAAGGUUGCACCAAAGAAGUGCCAUACUGCACUCUUGCCACUAAAUGUGGUGAAAAAUCGCUUCCCAGAUGUUGUUCCUCCUGAUGACUUCCGUCCUGUUUUAGAGGCAGCUGCAUUUGGUAGAACGGAUUACAUUAAUGCAUUGUUCCUCGACAGUCACAGAAAGAGAAACCACUUCAUAGUUACCCAGACUCCACUUCACACCACAAUUACAGACUUCUGGAAACUUGUGUAUGAUUUUGAUAUCAAUACAAUUGUGAUGAUGGAAUCUUAUAAACAUGAAGACGACACCUGUGCAGAGUAUUGGCCGGACCAUCGAGCCAAAAAAUUUGAACCUUUCUUCAUCGAUAAUACUGAAGACUUCCAGCAAGAUAAUGUCACGAUACGUCAGUUCAAUGUGAAAAGCAUGCAACAACCUCGCAGUCCACCUCACAAAGUGCGACAAUUUCAGUUCAAUGCUUGGGAAGAUCCAGACUUUAUUCCAAAGUCUAAAUCAAUGUUACUAGACCUCAUUGACAUGGUAACAGAUUGGCAGAAAGAGGAGAAUGGAGACCAAACACCUAUCCUGGUGCACUGUAAGGAUGGUGCCACCCAUAGUGGAUUGUUUUGUGCUGUUGUAGCCAUCUGCCAAGCCAUGCAGGAUGAUGGAGAUGUAGAUGUCUUCCACACCAUCAAACACAUGAAGAGACGGAGGGAACAAAUUAUUGAUAUGUUGGACCAGUAUCGGUUCUGUUACCGAGUUCUAUGGGACUUUAUGAACCUGAGGAUGCCAGGCGGUACCCUAACAAACAUGAUGAACCACAGUAACAAUGAUCCUCUGUACAUCCCAGGCAGCCUCAGUCUGGCAUCUUACACGUCACACCUAGAGUACAUAUGA